AUGAUAAAUGGUAGCCCUGAAGGUUUUUUUAGUAUCUGUGGAGGUUUGCGCCAAGGUGAUCCUCUUUCUCCUUUGAUUUUUGUGCUCAUUGAAGAUAUUUUAAGUCGUAAUGUCUCUAAGUUGUUUGCAAGACAUAGCAUGCAUGUUAUGGUCAGAAAGAAAGGCGUGGCGCCUACAUACCUUCUUUUUGCGGAUGAUAUACUUAUUUUCUGCAGAGGUAAUCUUCUGAGACUGCAAAAUUUAAGGAAAUUGCUCGAUAUGUAUCAAGCAGCUUCUGGCCAAAGCGUUAAUUACGUCAAGAGUAAAUUUUAUUAUGGAGGUGACUCAGAUUCACGAGCUAUUGCUAUUUCAAAUUAUUUGGGCAUGGAAAGAGCUUUAUUCCCGGAUAGAUAUUUGGGAAUCCAAUUGAAGCCUGGAAUUGUUCGCCAUAUUCAUGAUAGGAAAGUUGUGGAGAAGAUUAUGGACAAGUUGGCCGGUUGUAAGGGUAAGCUUCUAUCUUUCCAAGCUAGUCUUUUUCUAAUUAGAUCGGUAAUUUCGAUCUACGUUAUUCAUUCUAUGGUUGUGUACAUAUGGCCAUGUACUAUUAUUAAGCAGGUGGAAAGGGCUAUUAGAAAUUUUCUUUGGUCUGGAGAUGCUGAGAAACGUAGGUAUUUUAUGGUUCUUUAUGAUAGCAUGUGUUGUUCAAGGCGUGAAAGUGUUCUAGGGAUUAAUAAAUUGUUGGAUGUUAACGAGGCCAUGCUUAUGAACUUGUGGGUUACUAUCCGUGAUUCAGACAAGAUUUGGGCCAGAUUUUUGAGGGCAAAAUACUUCAAAAUCAAUGGUAAUUUGAUUGAUCGUAAACUGGGGUUCCUCGGUUUCUCAGGGAAUUAG